AUCAUACUGUUAUAAAUGAUUCAUCAUCACUCCUUAUCGAUAUACAAGAGCAGGAGGAAAUAAAAGACUUUAUAGCUUUAGAAAGAGAGAUACAAGCACAAAAUCAAUCAGCCCCAAGCAUACUAUCACCUCUUUUGAAAGUUACACCAAACACUGACACUGGGAUUGAAAACACGUUUAAAAACUCGAUUUCUAACAUUCACAUAUUUCCCGAUCAUUCAAAUCACGUUCCCCAUGAUAAGAUAAAAUAUGUUCAGGACAAAAAUAGUUUUCAUAUUAUUCAAAUUGAACCUAAUGUAAAUAGUAAUUUGGUUAAAACUAGAAGUAUAUCCUCACCUCUAUCAAAUUCUCUUCAAAGCAUACGUUCAUCCUUUGCUUCCUUCCCACUCUACUCUGAACAUGGUGAAGUUAAAUUACCUACUACUCCAGAUUUAAAUAAAAUUAAUGACAAUGAGGAGCUUUUUAGUGUUAACACUUUUCCUAGAACAAAAAAACCACACUACAAAUUGGGCAAUGAUAAUAAGACACCCUCUAAAGUUGAAAAUAAUCAGGCAUUCACACCUAACCAUUACGAAGCCCAUAAAUUAGAUCAUAAAAAAGCAAUGAAUUAUGUUGAGGUGUUGAAAUCUGCUUUGGAAGACGAAAUUUUACAUCAAUUCUUUCAUUCUGACUUCAGAAACUGCGUGAAUGAUACAAAGAAUUCCUGGAGAAAUGGGAAUGAUUGCGAGGAGGAUUUAAAAGAAUUGACCGAACCCAGGAUAGAGUUACUGGUUCGCACGCUUAACACAGUCUCAAAUUUAUCUGCCUUCACUGAUAAUCAGAACCUUUUUCGGGAGAUCGGUUGUCUUAAUCAUUUAAUGCGUAUUUUGUCUACCUCUACUGAUUGCCGCGUUUUGAUAGCUUCUACCCAAUGCAUAGCAAAUUUAUCGCUUAAUCCCAAAAAUCAACUCAUUUUAAAGGAAUGUACUCCAUGCUUGCUCAAACUUUUACUAAACGAUUUCGAGAAUCGGCAAUAUCAUAACAUUGUACCCAUAACAAAUAAACGCCAUAUUCCCAGUUCCAUCAAAUUGAAUUCACGAUUUUAUGUGGUAGCCCUGAAUGCUUUGAUCAAUUUGACAGUGUUUUCCCCCUGCAUGGAUUCAUUUCGCAAUACCCAAACGUUAUCUAAGCUUUUUGGAAUUUUAUUGGACCAAAAAAAUUACGAAAUCAAGCUCAACGCUCUCAAGCUUCUCGUAAAUCUAUCUUGUUACCUCGAGAUAGUUUACUAUAUUUGCCGAGCCAAAGUGGACAAAAACAUAAUAUUUCUUUUUGAUUCCGGUAUCGAUUCGCAAUUAUUGCUUCGGUCCACAACCUUGCUGGAGCAUUUGCUAAAGUUCUACAACGAGGAGCAAAAAUAUAGAGACCCUUCUUCCAAUAAUUCUCUAAAUUUUUCGGUCUUAGUUUCUGGUCCGGACUCUCCCUCUAAUAAUAAUAAUGCUUUGAUUCAAGUGAUACUCGGAUGUUCCAAUUUUUUAAGGGGAAAGUUGUUUCAACUCAAAUGCCAUAGAAUGGAAGAGAUACGGGAAAACGCGGCAAAAAUAUACGGAUAUUUGAAUUAUGUAUGAAAUCAGUAAAAAGAUAUGUAGUAUAAUAAUUUAGACUGAGGAUAGGCUGCGAAAAUAUUUUUUACCUUUGUUUAUUUCAUAUCUAGCUGUUUAAAUUCUUUCAAAAACAGAUAUUAAUAUAUAAACCCAUUUCGAUAUAAAUAAUGUAUAAAAUGAAAAUGAAAUAUUUUAUAUUAUAUAUUAUUGUUGCGAAUUCAAAUUGUGAAUUCAAAUCUAACCUUUUAUUUUUAAUUCAACUUAUAUUACAUUUUAUGAAUUCAAAUUUUUCUUUUCAAUUUAAUUUUUUAUUUUUGUAAUUUUGCGUAACCUUAAUUUUAUGUACGGCGUAACCUACUUUUUAUAUUUUAUAAUAUUUUUACUUUUUUGUUUUUCGUUUGUAUUCUAUUUAGAUUUAUAAAAAUGUAUAUAAACGAUGUAUGAGAUGGAAUAGAUAGUAAUAAUAAAGUUAAAUAUAAAUAAACACG